AGAAGUGAGUGCUGAAGAAGAAUAGUUCCAUAAUGGACCAGGGAGCAGGACUGGUGAGGGCCCGAGGGCUGACGAGGAGACAGAAAAUGAAGGGGAAGGCCCGUGCUUCGCUGCAGACAGCAGAGGUUUUGGGAGUCUGUCACGGGCCACCCCUCUCCCUCUCUAUUUCCCUGCAGGAUUUUGACAUUGCUGGCCAGUUCGACCCCAUGAUUCCUGACGCAGAGUGCCUGAAGAUCAUGUGUGAGAUCCUGAGUUCACUUCAGAUAGGCAACUUCCUGGUCAAGGUAAAUGAUAGGCGCAUCCUAGAUGGGAUGUUUGCUAUCUGUGGUGUUCCUGACAGCAAGUUCCGUACCAUCUGCUCCUCAGUGGACAAACUAGAUAAGGUAUCCUGGGAGGAAGUGAAGAAUGAGAUGGUGGGAGAGAAGGGCCUUGCACCGGAAGUGGCUGAUCGCAUUGGGGACUAUGUCCAGCAGCAUGGUGGGGUGUCUCUGGUGGAGCAGUUACUCCAGGAUCCUAAACUCUCCCAAAACAAACAGGCCUUGGAGGGCUUGGGAGACCUAAAGCUGCUGUUUGAAUAUCUGACCCUGUUUGGCAUUGAUGACAAGAUCUCCUUUGACCUGAGCCUUGCUCGAGGCCUGGACUACUACACUGGGGUCAUCUAUGAGGCAGUGCUGCUACAGAUGCCAACCCAGGCUGGGGAGGAGCCCCUGGGGGUGGGCAGUGUAGCUGCUGGAGGGCGCUAUGAUGGGCUGGUAGGCAUGUUUGACCCCAAAGGGCGCAAGGUGCCGUGCGUCGGGCUCAGUAUUGGAGUAGAACGGAUCUUCUCCAUUGUGGAGCAAAGGUUAGAGGCUUUAGAGGAAAAGGUACGGACCACGGAGACACAGGUGCUUGUGGCAUCUGCACAGAAGAAGCUGCUGGAGGAGAGACUGAAGCUUGUCUCAGAGUUAUGGGAUGCUGGGAUCAAGGCUGAGCUGCUCUACAAGAAGAACCCGAAGUUACUGAACCAGCUGCAGUACUGUGAGGAAGCAGGCAUCCCACUGGUAGCCAUCAUUGGCGAGCAGGAGCUCAAGGAUGGUGUCGUCAAGCUCCGUUCAGUGACUAGCAGAGAAGAGGUGGAUGUCCGAAGAGAAGACCUUGUGGAGGAGAUCAGAAGAAGAACAGAUCAGCCCCUCUCCAUCUGCUGAAUCCGAACAAAGUGGCAGAGGAAUCAGAAUUGACCUUAUUUGAACUGAAACAAAACUGCAUAUGUACUUAAACAGUUUGCGUAUUUCUGACCCAGCAGAAGACUGAAGGGUGGUCAAAAUUGUGGCUUUUUUGUUUUUAUCGUUACCUUAUUAUUGGUAAUCACUGGCAAAAAAAAAAAAUGGCCAAGAAUUACCCUUUCCUUGUCGGGGAUGGAGAGGAGCAGUACAGGUGGACUCAUCAGGACUCUGCCUCCUAAACUCCUGUGUGGACCUGAGGUGGCUUCACCGCAGAGCCCCACACCAGAUGCGACCCUACAACCUACCGCCAAAAAGUUCAAUAAAUGUCUCCAACCGCUAA